AUGCGACCACCGGCCCGCCUACGGUGCCCCUUGCACACCCACUCCCCCCUCCUUCGAAUUGCCCCACGUCUCCUCAUAUCGGCCUGUGCUCGCCCAUGGAACCCGCCAACAACAUCAACAGCAUUAACAAGAUCAACAACCUUCUACCAUACCACCCGCACCCUCUCACAGCAGACCCCUCCUCCAGCCGUAGACCGCCCCCAGACCACCGCCUUCAAAUCGACCCCCGACCUCCGCCAUAUCCGUGAGAAUCCCGAGCUCUACGCCCAAAACUGCCGCGACCGCAACUACCAUGCUGCCGCCGAGCACCCAGCACGCAUCACCGAGCUCUUCGCCCAAUGGCAGGCCAAGCAGCGUGAAGGCCGCGGCCUGCGUGAGCGCGGCAAUCUCCUCCGUCGCCAACUAGCCAACCCGGGGACGUCACGCGACGACGCCGACGAGGAUGCCGCCGGCUUCCGCUCCAUGUCCCGCGACCAGCUGCUAGAAGAGGGCCGCAAGGUCAAGGCAGGCCUGGCCGACAUCGAGGAAGCCGAGUCCUCCCUCACCGCCGAGAUGCACCGCCUAGCCCUUGCUAUUCCCAACCUAACCAGCGACCUCACCCCACGCGGAGCCGAGCCCACAGUGCUAAGCUACAUUAACGACCACCCGGAACCGGGCCCGGCGCCGUCUGACCGCGUGUGGCGCUCCCACGUCCACAUCGGCACCGAGCUAGGCAUCCUAGACUUUGCCGGUGCUGCCCAGACUUCCGGCUGGGGGUGGUAUCACCUCCUCGACGAGGCCGCCCAGCUCGAGCAGGCCCUGAUCAACUACGCCUUAACCGCCGCCACUCGCGCCGGCUGGCGCCAGGCCAGCCCCCCCAGCAUGGUCUACUCGCACAUCGCGGCCGCCUGCGGUUUCCAACCCCGUGAUACCCACGGCGAAACCCAAAUCUACGCCAUCGCCCAAUCCUCCGACGACGCAGCCCGCGGUAAGCGCGAACACUGUCUCGCCGGCACCGCCGAAAUCCCCCUGGCCGGAAUGAAAGCCGACACCAUCCUCGACGAAAGCGACCUCCCACUCAAACGCGUAGCCGCAUCCCGCUGCUACCGCGCCGAAGCCGGCGCUCGCGGCGCUGACACCAAAGGUCUCUACCGCGUACACGAAUUCACCAAAGUCGAGCUCUUCGCCUGGACCCCGCCCGACGCCGACGCGACCCAAGACCUCUUCGACGAGAUGAUCGAUCUCCAAACCGAACUCCUCGGUUCCCUCGGCCUGCACUGCCGGGUCCUCGAGAUGCCCACCGCUGACCUCGGCGCCUCCGCCACGCGCAAGUGCGACAUCGAAGCCUUUUUCCCCUCCCGCCGCGACCGCAACGAGGGCUGGGGCGAAGUCACCUCCGCCAGCGUCUGUACCGACUACCAGACCCGCCGCCUAGCCACGCGGGUCAAGAUGGCUGCGGGAGGGAAAACGGCGUUUCCCUGGACUGUCAACGGGACGGCGUUGGCGGUGCCGAGGGUGUUGGCGGCUAUUUUGGAGAAUGGGUGGGAUGAGGGGGAGAAAACUGUGGUGAUACCGGAGGUGUUGAGGCCAUGGAUGGACGGAAGGGAGAAAAUUGGGCCGAGGCAUAGGUAG